AUGUCAGACAUCGCCGGCUGCGAGUUUGAAAUCGACGUGGAGAGCCUGGAGACGGAGAGCGACGACCCGGCGGACUCCUCCAGUCGGCCGGGCUCGGUGCCGCUCGGCGCUGCCGCCUCGGAGGACGACGGAGACGGAGGGAAGAGCGACGACAAGCCGGGCACCAGCGGCCUGUGUACGGGGGACCAGAGGAAGCUGAGCCGGACACCGAAGUGCGCCCGCUGCCGAAACCACGGCGUGGUGUCCUGCCUGAAGGGACACAAGCGCUUCUGCCGCUGGAGGGACUGCCAGUGUGCCAACUGUCUGCUGGUGGUGGAGAGGCAGCGGGUGAUGGCGGCGCAGGUGGCCCUGAGGAGGCAGCAAGCUACAGAGGUGAGCCCCGACUCUCAGAGUGCAUGUUUAUAAACCUUUAAAUUCAUAAGACCAGGCACUGAUACUUCUCAAGCUUUGUAAAAACGUGUAACUCACACAUUAGGCCUCAAUAAAAAAGUGAUUUUACUUUAUUCCAAUUCUGUCCUCUAGUCCUUAACCCUGUAAAGAACAAUAGGAUCAAAAAGAUAAACCAGCCUCAUAAAUCAAGUCAUGCAUGCUCAAAUUGAACUUUGCAUGAAGACUCUUCUCUACGGCCUGUAGUGUGAGUUUGACAGCAGCUUUCUUCUCUGUAAGGAUGUUGAUCUUACUCCUCAGUUUUAUUUACUUUGUCAAUCCAGUGGCUCUGUCACUCUGAUCUUUGCACAUGCUGUAAAUGCCAGCUUCUACCUCUGAUACAAAAGGGGAAAAAAACAGAAAUAACCAUGACACUAAACAUAUUUCACACACACACACACACACACACACACACACACACACACACACACACACACACACACACACACACACACACACACACACACACACAUAUAUAUAGCAGCUACAUGAUUAUUUUUAGCUCUCACGUAGAUGACUGGCUCUCAUACCACAGUUGUUUUUUUUUUUUGUUUGUUUUAGUAUAUUUCCAAAAGUGUUUGGAUUAUUUUCUCAUUUCUUAAAUUUACUCUUAUUUCCCUUAUUUUCCUGUUUUAAGCGGCUUAUUUAUUUUGACAUCAGGGCACAAAAAUCACAGUUUGAAAACUAAAGAGGCCAGCCUAAUUUCUGAGCAGUGUAUCCAACCAUGCAACUGAAGGUAUAUUUGGGUUAUAGCGUAUAUGUUCUGUGACAAAACACAAGUACAACAGAAACAAUGAUGGUAAAACAUGCAAAACAAAUGAGCAUGAAGCAUUAAAUUAUUAAACAUUACAUUACAUUAUUAAACACAAUUUAUGACCCUUAUUUCAGGUCUAUUUUCUUCUACUACUUGUUCUUGUAUUUACUGAAAGAUGCAAAAGAAAAACUAGGCGGCUGAGCUGAGAGUGUAUCAUCAUGUUGAACUCAGUAUGAAGCAUGUUUGUGUUACGCAUUAGUGCUUUCUGAGAGCAGUUGUAUUUGAAUUUGUAACUUUUCAUUAAUACACCCAAAAGUCACUGUCUUCAUUUUUAUUAUCCAUUUUCAGCUGAUAAAAAGCUCUUUUAUUUCUUCCAGCUUAAUUUAAAACUCUACAUUUUGGAAGCAGGGUUUAUUUUGUUGUUAAUUUCAAGUUUCAGCUUAGAUGUAGUGGAUCAAACUAAAAUGAAGUGACUGUUAAAUGCUGCAGCUAACAUUUGAAAAAUACUAAACACUGAUUCCUGGUAUGUUUAUUGUUUAAGAGCCAUAGAAGCUUUACAAGAGAAUAAAAAAUGACUGUUUUCAUCCCCUCUUAUUAUCGUCUCAAAAAUAUUUUUAGUGUGUGUGCGCACUAUAGAUAAAUGUGUGUGUGUGUGUGUGUGUGUGUGUUUUGACUGUGGUGACAUUCAAAUAUGUGAAAGUGUCUGCGGUGAAAUAAUGAACCACGUCAGCUGUGGUAUUUUAAAGAUGAUACCAGAUGGAUGUUUUGAAUGUGUGUGUGUGCGUGUGUGUGUUAGUUCAGGGUGUGUAAUUCGUUGUGUGUUCUUAUUUUGGCUUGUCAAGCUAAAUGAGUGACUGUUAUUGCUCGGCCUUGUGCGAUGUUGCAGUCUGAAGUAGUGUAAUGAGAUGUAGUGAUCAAACUGAAGGAACAUUUUUCAGGAGUUGCUCUGAAAUCAAGGCAAACGCUGUUGUAUGUUUAUUUACCCUGUGUUUACCUGCAACCCCACUCAGAUUUCUGCUGUAACUUUAUAUUUAAUCCUAUUCAGAGAAUAUUUUGUAAUCCUUAGAAGUAGGUUUUAUAAAGACAUAUGAUAAGACUAUCCAAACAGAUGCGCAUUCAGCCUAAGCCGUGGCAAAUCGGUUGCUUUAGCUCCGUAAAUAAUCUUGAAAUCAUGUCUUGAAUUUUUUUUUCUUUCCUCCUUUUCUCAGGAUAAGAAAGGAAUAUCUGGGAAACAAAUUCCAGCAGAAAGAAGGACGAUAUAUCAGCGGCACAUUCGACCGUCCACCAUGCUCGCCAAAAGCAUCCUUGAAGGUAAAAGAUCAGAUACAAACAUGUAUUUUCCUGUUUCUUUUGGGUCAUCUCCGCUCCCUUUUCAACUGAUCAGCUGUUCUUCCUGCACCUUGGAUAUAAAGAGUAUCUUUAGCCUUUUGCAAAUCCUAGACUGUGAUAAGAGCUUGUUUGCGACUCUGAGUGGUGUUGUGAUAAACUCUUGGUAUGCAAUCAUCUCACAAAAACAACAUACGAUAGUGAUUUAACUCCUGAGCAUUUGAAGUGUAACCUCCCCUCUAAUGCAUGUGUGUCAGUGUUGUGAUCUUUCUGCAUGCAUGCUUUGACAUCAGCUGUAAUCAUUUGAUUAUAAAAACGCCUGAGUUAAACUUGGCUCCUUCUGCUGACAGGAUACCGUCCAGUGCAGUCUGAUCCCUUCCUGGCAGCCAACCCGUCCCUUCCCCCGCCGCUGAGUGACCGCAUGAGGAAAAGGAGAGCCUUCGCCGACAAGGAGCUGGAAACCAUCAUGCUGGAGCGCGAGUACAAAGAACGAGAGCUGCUGGAGAACAGCCAGGCGGGCACAGCUUCGCUCCUCUUUCCUAACAACAUGAUCCAUCACGCCACUGAGUACAACUCCUAUAAAACGGCGUACUCACCUGCAGGUCAGGCCGAACCGCAGCCCAAAGAGCUCUGCAACUUCCUGGGUCCAAACUGUCUGGAUCUGUCCAUGCAGUACCCAGCCGGGUCCAGCAACGUGGAGCUCAUCGCAUCUAAUGUCAGUGUGGCCACCACCUACCGCCACUAUCCGCUGCAGCCAUCACGCGGCAACUUCAUGAUGUGGCCCCGCGGCGCAGCUAACCUGGGUGAUGCCCUGCUGUAUCAGCAGUGUCUGUUCAACGCCACGGCGGUGCAGAACAUGAAGCCAGGUGCUGUAUGGGAGCCCAAAGCGAUGCCUGCAGAGAGCCAGCUUCCCGAGCAGGAGGCCGCGGCUGCUCUGGCUGCUAAACUGGAGGGGUCCCGAGCUGCUGCCCUGCAGGACUCCUCAGACCCUCAACGGGCUGAUCCCAAACUUGUCGUCUCUCAGGGCGGGCAGAGAGAGUGUUCGGCCUUCUCUCCACCUAAGAGGAGCUUUGGACAGUCCUUCCCAAACAACUCCCAUUCCCACAACUCCAGCCAAGUCCUGAACAAGCUGAGCAAGGACAGUGCAAAGCUCUCCAUGAAACUCAACUCCUUUCACUCCCUCAUCCAGCACUCGCUGAGUGAAAAAAUGAGCGUUGGUGCCGGUGGGCCGGAGCUCAGGGCACCGUACUGCAAAGAGCUCUUAGAGGAGGCCGCACGGAAGUUCAAAGAGGGCUCCAGUAAGGACAUUCAGGCUGUCAAAAUGAGCGACAGGUACGCUAAAGACUUUCUGUCCAAACCUGUGGGGACAAAGAUGGCAUCCAGCGAGUCUUUGUCCUUCUCUGUGGAGGCCAUACUGAAGAGGCCGACACCUGCAAUGAGUCGAGCAUUCCAUUAA